AACGGCGAAGCUGGAGGUAGCAACGAAGACGGCGAUGAGAAGAGCACUGCACGCAACAACAAAAGUAACGGCAAACAUGACGACAGAAGCGGGGUACGCAGUUACAAGAACAACAGUGCAGACGGCGCCCGCAACAAAAACAGCGGCGACGGGAAUAGCGACGAAAACGAAGUUGGCGGCAACGAAGACGGCGACGAAGAUGGCAGCGGUGAGAAAAGCAACAAAGAAUUUGACGGGAAUAAACGAAAUAGAGUGGGACAAGCUGGGCAAAAUAUGGUUUUAUUAUUGCGUAUGGCAGCCGAUGCAGUGAAUGAAUUUUCGGGAGAUACAUGUGCACGCAAAUGGAUCCUACAAGUGAAAAAUAUAGCCAGCGUUUAUGGAAUACAUGAACCAUAUAUAAAGAUGUUGAUCAUCAGCAAGAUAAAAGGAAAAGCAUGCAUGUGGUUGCAUGCAGAUCCAGAACGUGUAUUGCUACCAACAGAGCAGUUGGCGGCAGAGUUUAUAUCAAUGUUUGGUGAGAUGAAGUCAAAGUUAGAAACAAGGCGAAAAUUUGAGGAACGAAAAUGGACAGCUGGCGAAAGCUUUAUUGCUUAUGUAGACGAUAAGGUGAUGCUUGCACAUGGAAUAAAAAUGGAUGAUGAAGAAUUGGUGGCGCUCCUCAUUGAAGGUAUUCCAAAUCAAAUGCUACGUAACCAAGCCCGUAUCCAAUGCUUUGAAGACAUCCAGCACUUAAAGCGGGCAUUUGCGGAAGUGAAACUACCGAAAAUGGAUGAAACAGACAAGAAGGUGGCAUCGGUGAACAAUAAUGGCAGCACACUCUUGCGUUGUUUCAAUUGCAAUUCGAAGGGACACUGGGCCAAAGAGUGCAGGAAGCCAAAGCGCGAAAAAGGGUCAUGCUAUGCCUGUGGUCAGAUGGGGCACUUUGCAGCAAAGUGCCUGAAAAACAAGAAUGUGGAUGAAAACAAUUACCAUGCCUCAUAGACACGGGAAGCCCCAUUUCGUUCAUAAAAAUUAGUAAAGUACCUAAAGAUGUUAUUGGAGUACCAGUUUUAAGUUCAUUUUACGGAUUAAACAAAAGUUACUUGAAAACAUAUGGAAAAAUAUUGUGUUACAUUAUGAAAAAUAUGAAUAAAAUACAUUUUAAUUUAAUAAUAGUGGCAAACGAGUCUAUGAGUCAUGAUGUAGUAUUGGGAAGAGACUUUAUGAAAGCAUGCAACUUAUGCUUGAAUCUGGACACCUUGAAAAUGAUUACAGUGGAUAAAAUUGAAAGUCGAUGUAACAAGAAAAGCGAUAAAAUGUUAGAAGAAACAAAUAUGUACAACAAUAGUAAAACAGUUAGCGAUAGUGUUAGUCAAGGUAGU